AUAUAUAUAGGUAUUGAAAUUAUAUGAUUCAUAUACCUAGUCAUCAAUAACUUUAUAUUUUUCUUCCAGGUAUCGGAGAAGAUCUACCACCUCCAGUGCUGACCAUCGUCAGGAAGUGGGAGAUCCCAGACUCAGAGCAGAUCGGCUCCGUGGUGACGAGGGUCCAGGCCAGGCAGGAUGGAGAGGCCCGCCUCCAGUUCGGCCUGGAGAAGGACGGCUGGAACCCUGCUGGACUGCCUCCGGACUCCAAGCCUCUUCCCUUCAGGAUAGAUCCUGACACCGGAGUCGUCUAUACUAACCAGUCUUUAGCAGGAAGGGGUGGAGAGAACAUAUUCCUCUACGUCACCGUGUCCAACGGAGAGCUGACACAGAAGACUCAGGUCUGGGCAAGCAUCCUCGAGAGCGGGGCUCCUCUGCAGCCUGGGAACGUUGGGCAGCUUCCACCUCGCCCACCGGUUUCGAACCCGCCCCCACUUCGGACUAUCCUCAAAUCGCACCCUCAAGAUAGGCCGUUGAUUCCUCCGCCUCCACCGGAACUACCACCGCCUCCGCUGAUCGAAGCUAUCCAGAAGGAGGCAAAGAGGCAGAAAGAAGAACACAAGAAGCAGGACUCCGAAUCUAAGGAAGAUCUCCCGGAUCCCAAGCAUAAGCCACCUCCUCGUCCUCCAGUGGUAGUGACUCCUUCUUCUGUUGGUCCAAACCCGAGGCCCAACGUCACAGAACUGGUCCUCACCUUCUUACCCGUGGUGAUGCUUUGUCUCGCCCUAGGAGUACUAGCGGUCAUUGCCUUCCUCUUCAGAAGGAGGAUAUGCAAGAAUAAAAAGAAGCCGACCAAAGAAGAUCUUAAAAAGAAGAAUUCUUCCGGACUAGUAGCUGGUGGGGAAGAACCGAUGAUGCUUCAUCAAUGGCAGAGCCCCAGGGCCUUCUCGAACAGGUACACCGCCUGGGAUACGCAACUAUCGGAAGCUGUACCACAGCAGGAAGCUCCUGGUCUUCCUGCAAAAGUACAGGAUCGUUGGGAAUUCCCGAGGCACCAGAUAAAAGUGUUCAGUAUACUUGGAGAGGGAUGCUUCGGCCAGGUCUGGAAGUGUGAAGCUACCAACCUUUCAGGAAACGAAGGUCCUACCAUAGUGGCAGUUAAAACGCUUAAGGAGAAUGCUGGCGAGAGAGAACGGACGGACUUGCUCCAGGAACUUCAGGUGAUGAAGAGCUUAGAGCCACACCCCAACGUGGUACGGCUGCUGGGAUGCUGUACUGAGAAGGAACCAUUCUUCGUGAUCAUGGAGUACGUAUCCUUGGGUAAGCUGCAGAGUUUUCUUCGCAGCUCGAGGGCCCAGAGGAGCUACGACAAUCUCCAUGGGAAAAGUGGGUCCCUCACUUCCAGGCAGCUUACUUCCUUCUGUUACCAGGUGGCCAGAGGGAUGGAGUUCCUCUCCAGUAAAGGGAUCAUCCACAGAGACUUAGCCGCCCGCAACAUCCUAGUCAGUGCUGACCACACCUGUAAAGUUGCCGACUUCGGUUUCGCGAGGGACGUGGUCGCAAGCCACAUAUACGAACGAAAAUCUGAAGGUCGACUUCCAAUUAGAUGGAUGGCUCCUGAAUCGCUCUAUGAUAAUGUCUUUUCGGUCAAGUCGGACAUUUGGAGCUUCGGAGUAGUCAUGUGGGAGAUCGUAACGCUGGGGUCAACUCCGUAUCCUGGCUUAUCAGCUCAGGAAGUCAUGCGCCAAGUCAAAGAAGGUACUCGAUUGGAGAAGCCUGAACACUGCCGAAGAGAAGUUUACAACAUCAUGUUCUACUGCUGGGAACCAGAGGCAGAACAGCGUCCAGACUUCACCCAGCUGGUGGUACUCCUUGAAGAACUCCUUCUCACGGAGACGGAUUACAUCGAACUCCAGAGGUUUCCAGACCACUCUUACUACAACAUCGUAUCCCUAUCCGGCGAAAAGGUAUAGCAAUCAGCCAACUUCUGGGCUCUGUAGCCUCUCGAAUCGGCGCUGGGGCUUCAUCCAGAAGUCCAGAAGAAAGAUGAAGGUGAAGAAUCGGUGCGUUUUACCCUGCCACGGUUCUAACCCCCCUAGGACUUGAACCAUGAUGCCAAAACUGAUAAGAGUUGUAUUAAAAUAAUAGGUUGUAAAUAAUAAAUUAUGUCGGUUUUUUCUACCUGUAUUAACUAUUUUUAUAAUAACUAUAUUAUAAUUGUUUAUAUCAAACUGAUUCAAUAAGUCUUUCUAUAUCUCGUUUCAGUUCAAUUAGUGAUUACAUCUAGAAGGUUACUACUUACUUACUUUCAUAUCCAUGUUUUAAGUUUUCAGCCAAUACAAACCUCAUUCUUCUUAUUUUUCUUUACUGAUUUUCCCCAACUAAAUAUUACUCCUGAAGUUGUCCGAAUUCAAACACUUUAUCGCUAAACCAAUCAUAUUCAUGUACAAAUACUCUAUGAUUACAGACCAUUUUGAGUAGUAAAAUUUAUUUAAAAAAUUAGUCAUCAAAAACUUUUUUUUUAAAACAACAAACAUUUUAUGUUUCUUUACUGUGAAUGGUUUGCUGAAUUAAAAUAAAUACUCUCAAUUUUUUAUAUUAAAUUUUUCAUAUAAACAGGAUCCAUAUAAAUCCUGAUAGUAAUCAGUCCAGUUUAAUACUGAUUGUAUCCAAUAUUUUCAUGAAUUAAAUCAACCAAAUUACUAAUUUUUGAAAGGAAAAUUACUACACCUUUUUUAGCAAUGGCGAUUUUAGUUACGAUAAUAUGACAUAUUAUCAUUCAAAGAAGCGUUAUUUCUUCUUUUUUUUUUUUUUUAAUUAUUAGGAAACUUAGGAUUGAUAGAAGUUUUAAAAUAUUGUACUAAAAAGUAAAUAUAAUAAAAAAUGUACGAAUAGAUUUUGUCUCCUGCCAGUUUCCAUAAAGGCAAGAUAUUGAGCUGAUAAGAAGUGUCAUUUUUUUUAAAAUUUCAUUUAACUACACUUAUUAUGAAUUUUUUCCGAAAUAUUAUUUUAUUAAAAUUUUCUAUUUUAAUUUGUUUAGUUCUAAUUCUCGUUUUGGCUACAGUGACUCCUGUAGAAACAGUAGGAAAUGUAUUUUUUUCCAUAGCGAUCAGAAAAUAUAAAUCGAAACUAUUAAGCAUCUUAUUAUAUUAAAAAAAUAAAAUAAAUAAAUAGUUCACUCUUAUGAAGAACAUGAAAAUGUGGUUCUGUUUAGAAAAAUAAUAGGACUUCAAUUAGAUUGAUGAUGUAUUUUAAACUAUUGUGAUAAUGAUAUUUUGAGGUUUAAACAAAUGUAAAUUAUUUAAAUGAUAACAAAUACUGAUGUACCACUCUUUAAAUAGAAAAAUAAAACGGGAUUUUGGAAAGAAUAAUCAGAAAACUACAAAAUCAAACUUUUUCUUUGAACAAAUAUUUCUAUUAAUAAGAAAAACCGAGAGACUUUGCGCCAAAUAGCGUUAUGAUAAUGCUAACAACGAUAUCUUUAGAUUACAUUCGUAUUUUGAAAAUCGUAAUUUCGUUAAUUAAAAAUGAAUUCAGUUUUCAAUAUUUUGAAAAGAACGCUACUUGAUUUAUAAUCACUAGUUCUUUACUAUUAAACAUUGAUAACAUCAAAUAUCUAAUGAUUAUUAUAUAUAAAUGUAUAUUGAUUAAUUUUGUACAAAUAUAUUAUAUCAUAAUUCUUUAAAUUAAUUUUUACAUACUCAUUUGUAUAUAUCUAUAACUUAUUGAAAUAAUUCCAAUUUCUUGUUAUGUUUUUAAAAUGUACUACAUCUAUGAAUAUUGUUUGUUGGUGUUUCUUUGAAUGGUUAAUGGUGUUUCCGUUAAUAAUGUUAUGUAAAUAUUAUGUAAAUAUUUUAUAGUUAUAUUAAUAAAGUAUCUGUUUGUACCAUU